CCUUACUUUUCCCUGCUUGACCAGGAAGCUCUCUGACUCUCUGUUCCUCUCCUCCAUCUAUCAGACCUCUCAGCAUCAUGGCCUUCGCAGGCAAAUGGGAAACUGAAUCCCAGGUGGGAUACGACGAGUUCUGCAAGCUGCUUGGCAUCCCUGAUGACGUCAUUGAGAAGGGGCGUGAUUACAAGCUGGUCACGGAGGUGACACAGAGUGGCAACGACUUCUCCUGGACGCAGGUGUACCCUACCAACGCCAAGGUCUGCAACAAGUUUACCAUCGGCCAGGAAUGCAACAUGGAGACCAUUGGAGGGAAGAAGUUCAAGGCCACGGUCACAAUGGAAGGGGCCAAGCUUUGUGUCCAGUUCCCCAACUACCACCACACGUCUGAGAUCAGCGGAGGAAAGCUGGUGGAGACCUCCACUGCUGGCUCUGUGACUCUGAAGAGAACCAGUAAGAAGAUCUAGACACUCGCAGUACAACUCCACAAUAACAACAACCAGUGACCUCAAACUACUGCCAAAUAUACAGUUGAAUAAACUAAAACUGUACUGUCAA